UGGUAAUACCUUAAGGUUCAUGAAUGUCCAACCUGAAGAUGCUGGAAGCUAUUUGUGUUCUUCCACAACUGCUUAUGGAGUGCCUUAUAGCCAGCAAUACGACCUACACGUAGAAGAAUACGACAGCAGAUAUCCAGAUGCAUCAAGACCACAUGGUGGUUCCCAAGAACAACACGAAAGACACCAGCCAUACGAUUCUAGAGAACACGAUCAUGUCACAUCACGUGGCGGAUUUGGUGAUUCACAAGGUAGAUCUUCUGAAGAUCACUCUGGAGCACCUUCUGAUCUUCAUGGAAGACCAACUUCAUCUCACAUGAUGCUGGACAUUAUCAACCUGACCAAGGACACUACCAACCAGACCACCACGAUCCCUACCAUCCCGAAGAAGACUAUCAACCACCAACUCAUCACGAAGAGGAACACCAUCACAAAAGACCUAGUCAUCACCAACACAAGAGACCAGUACAUGUGUCAUCUGCCAAAAUUGGUGAAGGCAUAAAGAUGUCUUGUGACACCGAUAUGGAAGGUAACAGGCUGCAGUAUGCUUGGAGCAAGAAAGGAUUUGCUUUGCCAAGUGAUGUCCAAACUGAUGAGGAGUUCUUGCAAUUGACCAAUGUCAAGGAAAGUGAUGCUGGUUUAUAUGUUUGUACUGUGAAGAAUGGAACUGAUACGUUUGAAAUUC